AGUUUUGAAUCCCAUCUACGCUGCUACCUCGAGUGACUAAUCAGGUUGUGUGGUCAUUCAGGGAACUUUUCGGACCAAUCACUGAGAAGGCAGGAUGAUAUUAGGCAAAGCAUUGCUGACACCCGAGUGCGGAUGCCUCUCAAUUCUCUGGCUCCAUCCCGUCUGGUCUGCUGCCUGAGGGGCUAAGGGAGCUGCCUGGCACCAAGUGCCCGCUGACGAUCCGCAGACCACUGUGACCACACCUUCCUCCCCUCCCCCAGUUUUUCCCCCCUCCCCUUUCUUCUCCUGGCUGCUCCCUUUUCCAGGCUGCAGGAAAAACAGAGCCCGUGGCUGUUUGCAUGUUUGUAAACCCUGAGCAUGCAAUUUCCUGGAAUAGGAGAGACCUAGCAUGUAGCGACUGGCUCUGCUGGAGACAACGUGGUCCAAAGAGCCCGUGGCAGCUAGGGAGCCCAGGCAGACCAGGAAGCGGUGUGCCUCUGCCCACACUGACCAAACUUGGGCACUGUCUGCCCUGCCCCUCGUGGCAAGAGGACCCGGGGCUGGAGGCGUUCUCUGGGGGGAGCCACAAGUUUGACGAAAGCCGAGAAAGUUGUCAGCACCUGGGACCGUGGUGAAGCGGUUCCCCACCACCUUUCCACUGCGCUCCCCACCUCUAGCUAUUAACCAUGGUCAAGCCCCGGGGGCUGCCCUAUGUCUGGGGCUGGAUGGCUCUCAGCAGCUGUCUCCUGACCAAAGCACAGAUAGAUUCUGAUGACACAAUUACAAUGGAGGACCAGAUUGUCCUCCUCCUGAAGGCUAAGGGGCAAUGUGAACUGAACAUCACCACUCAGCAACAGGAUGGAGUGGGAAAUUGUUUUCCAGAAUGGGAUGGACUAAUUUGCUGGCCCAGAGGGACAGUAGGGAAAAUUCUAGCUGUCCCAUGUCCUCCUUAUGUUUAUGACUUCAAUCAUAAAGGAGUUGCAUUCAGACGCUGUAACCCCAAUGGGACCUGGGAUUUUAUGCACAGCUUAAAUAAGACAUGGGUCAAUUAUUCAGAAUGCAUCAACUACUUCCAACCAGAAAGCAGUACAAGAAAGGUAUUCUUUGAACGUCUCUCUGUCAUGUACACUAUUGGAUAUUCCAUCUCCUUCAGUUCCCUAACUAUAGCUAUUUUCAUCAUUGGUUAUUUUCGGAGACUGCAUUGCACCAGGAACUACAUCCACAUGCACUUAUUUGUUUCAUUCAUGCUGAGGGCUGCAAGCAUCUUUAUUAAGGACAAAGUGGUCCAUGAUCAUGUGGGAAUGAAGGAGCUGGAGUUAUUUAUGAUUGGUGAUGCACAAAAUACAAUCAUAGCACCCCCAGUGGACAAAUCACAAUAUGUGGGGUGUAAGAUUGCUGUUGUGAUGUUUAUUUACUUCUUGGCCACAAACUACUAUUGGAUCCUAGUGGAAGGCCUGUACCUACACAGCCUCAUAUUUGUGGCUUUCUUUUCAGAUACCAAGUAUCUUUGGGGCUUCACCUUGGUAGGCUGGGGAUUUCCAGCAGUAUUUGUUGUGGCCUGGACAGUGGUCCGAGCAAUGAUAGCAAAUGAGAGGUGUUGGGAGUUUAGUGCCGGGGACUUCAAGUGGAUAUAUCAAGCACCUAUAUUAGCAGCAAUUGGGCUGAACUUUAUUUUAUUCCUCAACACCGUGAGGGUCCUGGCCACUAAAAUAUGGGAGACCAAUGCUGUUGGGUAUGACAUAAGAAAACAAUACAGAAAACUUGCAAAGUCUACUUUGGUUCUGAUCUUGGUCUUUGGUGUCCAUUACAUUGUUUUUGUGUGUCUGCCCCACACUUUUACUGGAUUAGGAUGGGAGAUCCGGAUGCACUGUGAACUCUUCUUUAAUUCCUUUCAGGGUUUCUUUGUUUCUAUCAUCUAUUGUUACUGCAAUGGAGAGGUUCAAGCUGAAAUCAAGAAGACUUGGACAAGAUGGCAUCUAGCUGCUGACUGGAAAAGAACAACGCCAUGUGGCAACUAUAGGUAUGGCUCUGUCCUCACCAACAUGACUCAUAGUACCAGCAGUCAGUCUCAGAUGGUGGCAAGUGCCCGCCUAGUGCUAAUCUCUGACAAAGCUCCUAGGAAUGUCAAUAGACAGUCUGACAGCCAUGUGAAUUUACCAGGCUAUGUCAGGAGCAACUCAGAACAGGACUGCCUUCAUCAAUGGAUCCAGGAGGAACCCAAUGAAAAUGGAGGGAAGCAGGUGGAUGCUAUAUUACUGAAGGAGUGUUUGAAGCCAGUUGAAACUGUCACAGACCCUGAGGAAAACAAAGGUGAAAUUGAGGAUGCUGUCUGAAGUAUAUUUUUGGCAUGUGUGUGGCAUCAGUUUAUUAUGAGGUGGGAAAUUGUAGCAAUUUUUUUCCCUGAUUCAAAUUUGAUGACAGUUUGAUAGUAAAGUAUUAACCCAAAGAAUCGUCCAUAGGAUGUGUGUGACUCAGUGAUUAUGAAAGGCAUUAAGUGAAAAUUAUAAGUAAACUGUUUAUUUUGACAUGAAAUUAUCUUUGAUUUGUAAGAAUGUAGUACCUACUUUACAUGUAUGUAUAUUUAUGUGACUGUGGUGUGAAAAGAUUUCUUUGGAUUGGCUCAGUCCCUGACAUGAAAAGAUCACCAAAAAUACUUGAUUGUUACUGUGCAGGUUCAGUCUGAAACCAAGAAGUUGCAUCCCAGAUGGUAUCUGCCUGGAGUUGAUUUUUGCCCUUUAAAAGUGAUAUGUUAUUGUAUCUCCCCCACCCCCUUUAGUGAGCUUUUACCAUUGUUCUCAUCUGAGCUAUACAACAAUACUAUUAAGAGGAUGGGAAAAUAAUUUGAAAGAUCAAAGAUCUGAGAAGAUGAAGAGCAAAUGAAAUAAUAAGUUUGCUGAGUUUCAAAAAAAUUGAUGGCCAAUUGGAGCUGGGUUUUUUGUCUAGGAAUAAGGAAAAAUUUUACAAAGCUGGUGCAAGACAUAACCUCUUACUGCAUGACACUUCUGCAAACCAGAAAGAACCCCAUGCUUUAUUAACUCAUGCUCUGCUCCAAGCCAUUACGCUGGAAAGGGCUCACGCAAUGAAUGAAGCUUUGGAAUCGUAGAUUGGGAAUGGUCAUUGGUCUUUUUACUCAGUUGCAUUGCUUCAGUGGCUUUCCUUGAAUCCCCUCUUAAUGAAUAUUGUAA